GUGGGGCAGAGAGCCAAUCAGGGCCGUUGGCGGGGUGGGGCUGCGUCCCAGGGCGGGGAAUCGCGUAAUGGCGGACGCGGGCCGGGCGAGCGCGGCUGGGGGCGUAGCGCGCUGAGGGGGGUCUGGCUGUGUGGCGUCCCGGGAGGCGGCCAGCGGGAACGGACCCCGCGCGGAGAAGGGCGGCUGGCCGGGCCCUCUGUCGCUGAGGGCGGCCGCGCGAGACCAGGUUGUUUUUCAUCAUUCAGAACAUUGCCUGAAGCAGGUCCACCAUGCCGUUAGUAACGAGGAACAUCGAGCCAAGGCACCUGUGCCGUCAGACGUUGCCUAGCGUUAGAAGCGAGCUGGAAUGCGUGACCAACAUCACCCUGGCAAAUGUCAUCCGACAGCUGGGCAGCCUGAGUAAAUAUGCAGAGGACAUUGUUGGAGAGCUCUUUACUCAGGCAAAUACCUUUGCCUCUCGGGUAAGCUCCCUUGCUGAGAGGGUCGACCGCCUACAAGUUAAAGUCACUCAGCUGGAUCCCAAGGAAGAAGAAGUGUCACUGCAAGGAAUCAACACCCGAAAGGCCUUCAGAAGCUCUACCAUUCAAGACCAGAAGCUUUUCGACAGAAACUCUCUCCCAGUACCUGUCUUAGAAACAUAUAACACCUGUGAUACUCCUCCGCCUCUCAACAAUCUUACCCCUUACAGGGACGAUGGGAAAGAGGCACUCAAAUUCUACACAGACCCUUCGUACUUCUUUGAUCUUUGGAAGGAGAAGAUGCUGCAGGACACCAAGGAUAUCAUGAAAGAGAAGAGAAAGCAUAGGAAAGAAAAGAAAGAUAAUCCAAAUCGAGGGAAUGUAAAUCCACGUAAAAUCAAGACACGUAAGGAAGAGUGGGAGAAAAUGAAGAUGGGACAAGAAUUUGUGGAAUCCAAAGAAAAGCUGGGGCCUUCUGGGUAUCCGCCCACCUUGGUGUACCAGAAUGGCAGUAUUGGCUCUGUUGAAAAUAUGGAUGGAAGCAGCUACCCACCACCACCGCAGUCAGAUUCCACUUCUCCACCUUCUCCUUCCUUCUCUGAGGACAGCUUGCCUCCCCCACCCGUAGAAUUCAGCUGCCCCGCAGACAGCAACCAAAGAGGGUCCGGUUUAGCUGGACCCAAAAGAUCCAGUGUGGUCAGCCCAAGCCAUCCACCACCAGCGCCUCCGCUGGGCUCUCCUCCAGGCUCCAAACCCGGGUUUGCUCCACCACCUGCUCCUCCACCUCCACCUCCAGUGAUGGGCGUUCCACCCCCACCACCGCCUGGAGGAUUUGGCUCUCCGGGGACCCCACCACCACCUUCACCCCCAUCUUUCCCACCUCACCCCAAUUUUGCUGCCCCUCCGCCUCCUCCCCCACCGCCCGCAGCUGACUACCCGACUCUGCCACCACCUCCCUUGUCCCAACCAGUGAUAGGCGCACCUCCUCCUCCCCCUCCUCCCCCUCCUCCGGGGCCCCCUCCUCUCCCUUUCAGUGGUGUGGAUGACCAGCCUGUUGCACCCCCACCACUUGCCGAUGCCACCAAGCCUAAGUCCUCCUUGCCUCCUGUGAGCGAUGCCCGCAGUGACUUACUUUCAGCCAUACGUCAAGGCUUUCAGCUGCGAAAGGUUGAGGAGCAGCAGGAACAAGAGAAGCGGGAUGUUGUGGGCAACGAUGUGGCCACCAUCUUGUCACGUCGAAUUGCUGUGGAGUACAGUGACUCGGAAGAUGAUUCCUCUGAGUUUGAUGAGGACGACUGGUCGGAUUAACUCUUUCUGCCUGCUCUCCCACCUCCUUUUUCUUUCCUGCUGCUGCCUUCUUUGAUGCCUAUCCCAACAGUCCAAUGGGGGGAAAGAGGGAGGAAAAAACAAUUUCAAGGGGCCAAAGCCUUUUCUGAAGCAACCAAAGAUAUAUUCCAAGUGCUUCCUCCAAAUCAACAUAUAUUUUCCCGUCUCCCCAUAGUCAGGCCCCGUGGGGCUCCUGAGGUUCAGUAGCUGAGAUGUUCCCUCUUCCCUUCAAGUGACUGUUGCAUAUUGAAGAGAAGGAAAAACUCCAGAGCAGAUCCCUUUGAUUGGGCUUAGAUUGGAGUUGGUGCCUUCCCCUAGGAGCCAUUUUCAACUGUGGUCUUCUUCCAGAAUCCUUACCCUUACCCUUUGAAUAAUACGAGCCAUCUUCUGGUCCUAAUGCCUGCAUGGACAUGGCCAGCCCCUUUUCCCAUGCACUGAGAGGGCAGAGCUGGCCACACGUCCUAGCAACCAGACUGCCUGCCACACCUUUUUGCCCUGGUGAGCAGGGUGAGCUACCUUUUGCUAAGCUGUCUCUAUGUUUGGAUGCCCUUUAUGCUAGGAGCCACCAGGCCCUAAGGAGCAUCUCCCCAUCUGCCCAGAAAUUGUGCCUUUCUAAAGGCUGAAGUUGUCGCCUCCCUCCCAGGCUCCCUCUCCAGAGUGUGGUGUCCAGGUAUCCCUUAAAUAUCCCUCCCUCACUACCAGGUGCGUUAAGCACCACAGCCCAGCUCAGACUUCUAAUAUCCAUGACCAAACUAGCCCCAACACACUGGUGUGGACCUCUGCUAGCUGUCAGGAAUCAAGCUUAGAGACUCAGAGCUGCAGGACUGAAAGAAUGGUAAACUCCUUGAAUCCUGCCCUCUUGAUGAUGCUGAAAUCUGGACACGGGAAAUGACUUGCUCCAGGUCACACAGAUGAUUGGUGACAGAACUGGAGCCCAGAGUUCCUCAUUCCAAGUCACCUGUGUCUUCUGGAACCAAGGAGGGGGUACUUGCUGGAGUCUAGGCAGAGCAGUCUUGGCUCUGUGCUACUCCAGACCUUACCCCAUAGGUGGGGGUCCCAGUAGGAGGGCUCAGAGCCAGUGCCAGGCCUGUCAGUGCUGCUCAGACCCUUAUAGCCUGUCUUACAAUUCUUUGCUUCCCCUUUACUAUCACCAUAGAACCACAUGGCCUUGGGAGCCAUCCUUCUGGGGGACCAGAGGUAGUGAGAGAAGGAAGGGGUAGGCAGCUUUGACAGGUGCUGUUUUCAAUUCCUCUGCAACUCGUCCCCUUUUUAUUUCCCCAAUUUAAGCAUAGGUUCUGCCAGCUGUAGAAACUUCAGUCCCUCAGGCUGGCGGCUGCCGCAGGUAGCUGCCUAGGGGGGCCUGGCAGCCGUGAGGAGGGCUGAAAGGCAGAGGGGCUCUGGGUCUUGUUUCCAGCUCCCUCCUCACUGCGUGCAGUGAUGUUCCCUCCCUCGCUCCCCCUCUUUCCAGAGCUAAUACACAGGUGCUAUUAUUCAGAAAAAAACUGGUCAGCUUUGGCCAACAGUGAGGUUUCUUCUCUUCUGCCCUAACUAUUGUGUAGCCUCUUAUGCUGAAACCGGCUUCUCCUGGCUUCUCCAGCUUUCAGAGCCCUGAAACAAAGAGAAACAGGAUCUGUCUCUACCCAGCACAGCAAAUGGUUGUAGUAAUUGCCAAAGCCCUCAUAAACCCCUCCGGCUUGAGGAGAGUGUGUAAUCACGGGUACUACCGCUGUGCCCUGGCUGGAUGCUCCCCCUCUGCCUUCUUUCCUUGAACUCUGGCGUGGUGACUGAGCCAGUAGGGACCAGCAUGCCCUCCUGCUGGGGCCGCUCCAGAAUAUACCCUCCUCGCCCUCCCCAGAUCAGGUGUCUGCGGCACAGGUCUGGUACCCUGCUACAGUGCUGAGCAUACCAAGCUGUGUGUGCCCCCGCCUUGCUUCCCUCCUUGCACUUUGGAAGCUGAAGGUGCUUUCUUCAGAACCCUAAAAUGGCUGUUGAAGGUGCCCCUGGCUGCAGCCCAGCAGUGGCUGGAGAGGCAGGUGGAGGGCAGUGGUUCUCCCAAAUAGGAGUCCUGGGGCCUGGCCAGGCCAGGGUUUGGGCCUAAUGGCUUUGACUAAAUUACCCCCAUCCCCCUCCUUUCCGGAAAAGGGGGAGCCAGCGCCACUUGCUAUCAUUCUGCUCUGACCUUGAAGGGGGCGGUGUUGGCCUGGCUUCUGGAAUGGACACAAUCCGCCCUGGAAAGGGCUGGGGGCAGGAGCGGGGGUGGGGGGGUUGGGGGGGCACUGCCUGCGGAAGGUAGGAUUAGAUCAUUAGCUCAGUGACCUCCUAGGGUUUCGAUGUGCUGUGUUCUCAUCCUACAGCUGGUUUGGUAAUGAUCUGCAAGUCCCGGAGAGCAACAGCACAGCUCUGCCUGACGCUCUCAUUAAAAUCUAUGCAGCCAAGCUCUGUGCUUUGUAGCAGCCGGCCUUGCGAAGCCUCCUCAGCUCUGGGGGCUGGGGACCCAGUCAGCCGAGAGGCCCUCUGGGCUUUAUUUAUGCAUAUGCGCACCCCCCCACCCCCCAAAAAACCCAACUUCUUUAAACCCAGAGCCCUUUAAGAUGAUAAAGGACCCUGUGCAGGUAAUUGUGUGUCUUUGGAAUCCUGUAAUUGUAGAAUGCAAAGUUUAGUGAUUAUUUAAACUGGGCCAAGGCUGGUAGGAGUAUGGAGCAAUGGCUCAUAAGGACUCUUAAGCUCUGAAGCCAAGGAGCCACCUCCCUUCCCUGGCCUGCCCAGCCCAGGGGACCUGCCCCCAUUCCUGUGGCCCAGGGACCCAGCUUCCAUUCGGCAGUGUCAGAAGUGACUUGUGGCUUUGCCAUGCUUGUGAGAUGACUACAUUCCAAAGGAGCAGCUACCGGGAGGGGGUAGGCUCUGCAGUCCCUUGGAGGGCUCAGAGCAGCUGGCCCAAGCUCCAGCUCGCCUCCAACGGAGCUCAAGCGCCCUCAGAAACGACCCUGGCCAAUGUCACCGCAGAGCCGAGGCGGUGUUGUCAGGGCUAAUGUGAAAUCUCUUCCCGUGGCGCCGAUCCUCCGGCUCUGCAGCGCCAGCUUGGACAGAUUGAGGUCUCUGUGGCUUUGGUGACCCUGCUUAAGCAUUCCCACCGUGUCCCAGCUCGGCUCUCUGCCUGCCUCCCUCUGCAGCCCCCCUCACCUGACCUCAGGGCCUGGGGAGGGGACCAGUGCCCCAGGGCAAGGGGCUUUUGCUCCAGAGAAGUGUCAGGCUUCCUGGGGGCAUCAGGCUUUGAGCUCUACUGGGGUCCUGCAUACCUGGGACCAGGUUUCGCUAGGAGAUUGUGCCUCAUAUUGUGUCUCAGUGAGGGCUAGGGAACAAUUCUGUUAUUGUAUUAACUUAACUCAGUAAACUCACUUGAGAAACUAACCAAUUUUUACUUUCUGUCUAGAAUGAUGUACAUGUAGGAGAGUGAGCUGUAAAGCUCCCAAAGUGCCUUGUUUUCUCUGAUAUAAAUAUAUUUAUAAGGACCUAUUCCAGUGGAUUCUUGGGUAUGUUUGCCACAUCGAUUUUUAGGGAGUGGGCCUAUAACAUUGUAGGGAAAUGGUCUGGAAAUGGGUCCCUUUCCCCUGAGGGUGGGAAAGGAGAUUCAGUUAGAGAUCUGUGAGGGUGAGGUUAAACCAAACCCCUGAGGUGACCCUUUCCUCUUCGCUGUACUCCUCCUCUUAGGCCCUUAGGAGGAUGUCCUGUUUUUUUUUAAAGCCCCGUGGCUCCAAGCCUGGCCUCAUUUGUUUCCCUGCCAGGCUCAUGUGUGGACCACAUUAACACCCCCAUGACCUGAGGAUUCCAUGUAACAAUUUUAUAUAUACAUGCGAAUAUGUAAAUGCCGACAUUUUAAAUAAUUUGAUAAAGUCUUUGUAGCUACUCAGCCA